AUGACGGACGGGGUAUUUCUACAUGAAACGCUUAAAGACUCUGAUUUAGACAAGUACAAGGUUAUUGUUAUGGAUGAAGCCCAUGAAAGGUCAUUAAACACAGAUGUCCUUUUUGAAAUAUUAAAGAAUGUUGUAGCCAGUCGCCGUGAUUUCAAACUGAUUGUCACAUCAGCAACUCUAGAUGCACAGAAAUUUUCAAAUUUCUUUGGAAGUGUUCCGAUCUUUCAUAUUCCUGGGAGAACAUUUCCUGUCAAUAUAUUAUGGAGCAAAACUCCAUGUGAAGAUUAUGUUGAAGGUGCAGUGAAGCAGGCUAUGACUAUUCACUGA